AUGGCUAGAGGCAACGGCAAUCGCGGUCGCGGUGGCUUCCGUGGUAGUCCGCUGCGCGGGGAUCCAGUUCAAUCUCGAGGAGGCAGGGGACGUGGACGAGGGCGAGGCAGAGGAAGCGGGGGCGGUACGCCUGAUUUCCUAGAUGACUUCGACUUUCCGGUCCAGAAUUGGCCUGCGAAUGCACCGUCCACGAACAGUCCUGGUCGGGGCAACUGGACGCCCCGCUCUCGCGGCCGAGGGCGGCCGUAUUCUCCCCACGGUUCGGGUUUCUCUACUCCACGGCGGGGCAUGGACAGUCCUCUCAGUCGGGGACGAGGGUAUAUGCGUUAUGACGAUAUAGAGGAUUUUGCCAUGUAUGAAGGUCCUGGUGGUCGCGGAAGGGGAGAUGCGUCACCGUAUGACCGAGGCGGCCGCGGGCGGACACGCCCCGGCCGCGGAUUCUCAGCAUCCAGGCAAAGAGCUGGCGUUCCGUUAUCGAAGUUACUGCAGGAGGAUAGACCCCUGCUACGUCCGAUCGUUUUUGUGCGCUCAGUGCACACAGCGACGCUAUUCCAGGAGGAAGAAGAUAUAUUGCAAGGAGUCGUUGAAGCUGCCGGUGAUGACGAACAAAGUCAUGUCCCCACCGCCAGCAAGGUCGCCCAAGUUUUCAGUGGAGCAGACGCUGAAGAGUCUGACAAUGGGGACAAUGGGGACUCUUCUUCAGCGGAUCAACUGGAAGAGAUCGGCUUCGCAGACAUUGGAAAGGUGCAAGCUGAAGUGGAUGCUGCUGCCGCUUCGGUUGCUACUAAGGACCAACGGCCUUCAGCUGCCAUUGAAGUGAACGCUUCAGAAGAGAAAUUCACCGGUUUCUACGUCGACACUGAACCCACUCGGAAAUUUGCAUUGCCUACAAAGACUGUGCUCGUAGAACAUCUGGAAGGAGCGCUCGGAGAUAAUUCGCAAGACGAUGAGGACGUCAUCGUGUAUGCCGCGCCUUAUCCACGGACGGGUCGCGUUACUCCCGCCGUGCGAAUGCCGCCGUCUGUGGUACUACCUGUGCCUGCAACAUCAAUGCUCUCUGGACUCUCUAUUCCUGAGACGGCGCCUGCUGAUGUUCAGGAAGCUGUAACAACCUUGGUGGCUGAGCGAUCAUCUCCAGCACCUGAGGUGCCUGCUGCCAUUCAGGAAAGUCCAAUAUUCCCCACGGUCGAGCUGUCCCGUUUUGCACCUGAGGUUCCUUGCUCUGCUGAAAAUCCGUCUUCUUCGGUUGCCCAGGAGGUGCCCCCGUCUACGGAGGCCAACGAACCGCAGUCGGAGGUUCCCAUUGUAAACACUUCCGAAAUCAAGGCUCAGUCUGGAACACUGUUGUCUCCCGAGCCAUCUUUCGAGUCCUUCUCCUUCUCUUCUUCUUUUGCCCAGACACCGCCGAAGAAGCAGCCGCGCCGUAUGCACCCUGUCGGCGGAGCACGCUCGCUCCUCAUGCGCUCCCGAAUGGUACGGCGGCGGUCUCUGAAGAGAGGGUUUGGUGUGUUCGGUGCGAUGAUGGACGAGCUGCAUCUGCGCGAAGGCAGGGAGCGUGACCCGCGGGAGGCGGAGCAGCGCAGAGGUGACUCGGACGUCAAUUGGGGUGACGAUUCGGAUGAGGUGCAGGACAGGGGAGACGAGGUGGAGGAACUGUCGAAUGGGAUCGGCGCGAUGGAUCUAGACGUGGAUAUUAGCGUGGAGGCGAUGAGGGGUUUCGUGAAGAGUAUGAGCGCCGAGGGAUCGAGACACAUCACGAUGAACGAUAUCGAAGAUGCUGACAAGAUGAAGAUGGAGGAUAGCAAUGAGGGCACAGACGUGGACAGCGAGAGCGAAAGUGGGGAUGAAGAGGUGGAACGGGCGGUACUUAAAGAGGAAGAAAUACUGGUCGCUGAAGCGGACGAUGCCAAGAUCGAGGAGUAUGAUGAUGACGAAGACGACCAAGAGGAGGGUGAGGACGACGAAGAACAGUCUACCGGUGACGAAGCUACCCCACGAAGUAGCUUCCAGGCGAGGUUGCAGAGGAUACGUGAGAACGCUAAGGAGAAACGGAAGGCGGAACCUCAAGGUGAUUCGAGCGACGAGGCUAUGUCUGUUCAGAUGACCUGGGCAGAUAGAGAUGACGAUGUCAUCGCCGAUAUCGAGGAAAUGCUUGCUGAAAAUGCGCAUAUCUUGCACGGACGAGACAGAAAACAACGGAAGGCGCUAUUCCGUGCUGUGCAGAAUGGUGACUUCGACUCAGACGAAUCCGAGGACACGAUGCAGCCUGCCCCCAAGCGGAGAGAUGCUGACAUACCCCCUGAACUUAAGUAUCAGUGGGAAAAAGACCGUGCCAAAAAGGCGGAGAACAAGCGUAAACGCCAACGAGCAAUUCUGGAAGCUGCGGCAGACCCCCUCGCGCAACACAAGGGUGGAAAGAAGGGACGCAAAGCCAUGCUCGCUGCCUCUCGGUUAGAGGCCUCGAUCGAGGUUCCCAACCGUGUGAUCGAUAUGGUCACGCUGGAGCAGCAAAUCCGCCGUUUCCUCGCAGAUAUAGGUGGCCCAAACACAAUGGCGUUACUCCCUGCAGACAAGGCGACUCGCAUGCGUAUACAUGAGCUCGCGCUAGCGUUCAAUCUGAAGAGCCUGAGCAAGGGCAAGGGUAAUGCGCGUUACACCACGCUGAUCAGAACUUCUAGGAGUGGCAUAGGUAUCAAUAAAAAGAAGAUCGCGAGAAUAUUGAGGGCGGAUGGGACUGGUUGGGAUACACCGGGCAGAGGUGGGAAAAAUGCAGCGGCAUCAUUGGCUAAGCAUCGAGAGGGAGAGGAAGUAGGCAAGGCCGCGCCGAAGAUUGGGGAGUCGAAUAUCGGUUUCAAGAUGCUGGCGGCCAUGGGCUGGACAGAAGGCGACCGAAUUGGGCUGUCCGGUGGUUUAGACGCACCCCUUACCGCGAUCAUGAAGAAAACAAAGCUCGGCUUGGGAGCAACAUUGUAA